CCUGACUUUGUUCAAACCGUACAUUCUUCGUUUGUUCUCGAACACAGCCAGCCUCAUCACCACACCGAGAGCGCGGUCAUUUGGUAUGCCGCGCAAGAAGCUCAAGUUUGGAUCACCGCCAGCCGCGGUGCCGGAGGAGACCCGGAGCGGGCUCUCGCCGAGCCGCAAGCGCAAGUCGUUGUCGCCGGCAGCGCCCGAGGAGCGCGAGACGAAGCGGCCGCGGCCGCUCAAGCCGAGCGGAAGCAAGACGACGUCGUCUUCGGGCGGCGGAGGCAACAACCUCAAGUGCCCGGUCGACGGAUGCCCGUACUCGUGCCGGUUUGCCUCGCUCAUGAUCAUCCACUGCCGCAAGCACUCUGGCGAAAAGCCGUUCCUCUGCACGUAUCCGAAGUGCGCGCACCGGUGCUCGCAAAAGGCGAACCUCAAGACACACUACAAGAACUGCCACCUGAAGAAGACCGAGUCUGGGCAGACGCUGACGGCCGAGGAGAUCGCAGACGCGCUGCGCGAGUUUGAACCCGAGUCGCUGCCGACGCCGAUGGCAGUGGCCAUGGCACAGUCGACGGUCCGCCGCGCCGAGCUCGAGGCGGCAGCGGCGCAGGCCGACGCCUCGAGCUCGGCGGCGACCUCGCUGGCGACGUUUGUGGCCGAGCAAGCGACGCUGGUGGCCUCGGUCCUCGCCGGGCGGGCCGAGGAAGCCGCGGCGCUUGCCGAGCGGCAGGCACUAGCCGCAACUGGCGUCGGCUCGCGGAGCCGGUCCGGAGCCAAGAAGAAGGCCGGCAAGCCGUCAAAGAGCAAGAAGCAGGCAGCAGGUGAGAAGAUGCCUGUUCGGCGGACGCUCAUGCCGCCGUCGGAGCUGCUCUCGGCAGCGACGAGCAAGCGUCAGACGUCGCCGUUCCCCGGCGAGUCGCCGCCGCAGCGCGAGGCUCCUCCGACGGUCCGCUUUGCGGCCCCGACCGGGCCGGGCAUCUCGUCGACUCGCGAAGUGGCGCUCUCGCCGCGGUUCAUUGACGGAUGCUCGGUGCUCAACACGCUCCGGUUCCACCCGCCCAAGCCGCCGGUGCACGCUCGGCGGCCUGUGGUGGAGCUCCUCCGGACGCCGCCGUUUGAGCCGUUUGUCCCGCCCAAGGGCCCCAUGCUUGUCGACGUCAUCGGCUCGCCCAAGCUGUUCAAGGGCCCGCAAAACAUGCAGACCUCGCCGCGGAUCCCGAUUGCGUCGGCGUCACCGGCAUCGCGGCCGGCUGCUCCGCGCGUCGUCGUUGUUCAAGGCCGCGAGACGUCGGUCAUGAACCCGUCCGACGCGCUGCGGCUCAUCACCUCGCUGCCCGAGUAGGCCGUGCCCCUCCCGUCGCUUGCUGGCUCUGGGUAUCGAGACGCAACUGCCGAACCGCGCAUCGUUGACCCGCACACCUCGACCUUCUCACUCUCUUCCUCUUUUCUCUCCAUUCUUUUCCAACUUUCAUCCCUCCCUCACCAAUCCUCGACGGCAAGGCGAGCAGCGGGCAGGCUGCCCGCGGCGCAAGCCGCGAAUUCCUUGCCUGCCC